UGUUUUCUGUUUGUGGAUAAACAUCAAAACUUUCCAGUUCCUCGAUGAGUCACGAUAGGAAACGACGACUGCUUUUCCUUCAAGUGCAUGAACUCGUACGGCAUAAGCCCUGACCCGAUCGUAACAGGCCAACAGAUAUGACCCAAAAUGCAACUUUACCGAAAGCCACUACUAGGCCAUGACUGAAAAGGAAAGCCCACUAACGUUUUGAUCUCUCAUUCAGAUCGUUUCAUUCAGCAGCAAGUUUUCCACUGUUAAUUCCCUACUGAAGAGAGACCCGUACAGCCAGAAGGCAUGAUGAAUACACAAAGCUAUCUUGGCCGUCCGUUGAAUUGAAUUACCACCCUUAGAAAUGAGCAACAGACAGAAGAAACGACAGAUGGCAGCCAUCCUUAGUGCCUUAACCCCACAAGUAAAGUGCUCGUUUGGAAGGUAGCUUCCCUGACAAAAACCAUAUCUUUGGGAGAUCAUCUCAUCUUCCACACUGCGCAUGACACGUAACCAAAAACCUUACUCCAGUCUUUCUUUCAAGAGGCAUCACCCAUUUGUUCAACAAUUAAUACCAAAAGUAAGAGGCGGCACUAGCUGAUAAAACAUUACUUUGCCACUACGACACCCUAAUUUCUCAUUGACCAGGACCCUUUACUCGAUACAAGCCCACGAAUCUGCCCUUAUAAAUCUUACCCUUUCUGCUGCUUCUUGCUCAUCCCAACUCCAUCUCUUCUCUUAGCUUCUCUCCUACACAACACAAACUAGUUUCCUCUUCCAGCUUUCUCUUCUCUAUCCUGUUUCUGAUAACUUCAAAGAAUUUAUUACCAAAAGAAAUGGCGAAUGCCCGCAUAGCAAGGUUCAUCACAGAGGUAGCACCGUCACAGUAUGUUAGUGUCAUGAGGCGCAGAGCAUCCAAGAUGAUGGAUACCAUCAAGGAAGAAGAGAGAGACACCACCACUGCCAGCUUUGAUGCUCUCUCCACCAGGUCCCGCACUUUUGCAGCUCCUAAUAACAACACCUCCACUGCCUCUUCCUCUUCUUCUUCUGCUGCUGCUGCUGCUAAAUCCGAGCACUUGCUCACCGGGAUCCAAAGAUCACUUUUUGAUCUCUGAAAGACCACAGAUUAUGCUUCUACCAGAGACUUUCCUGUCUGUGACUUGUAGAAGAAAUGCAGUUUUGCAUU